AUCCCUCAAACUUCCGCAGGAGUAGAAUGGAUAAAGCAAAACUAGCGGGUCAGAAAGGGGCCAGUGUGUGAAUUUGAACGCCGUGCUAUUAUCUGUUCGCGUCCCGAUGCGUACUUAAUGACGGACGACAAGCGCACGCUCGUGAAUGUAUCGGUUCAGCCGGGGAAGCGUGAUGUUAGUAGCUCGCGAGCGCAUUCGGAUGUGAGCGAGAGACGCGAGAGGACGAGUUGAUCCUCACUUCUGCCCACAAGAAAGACAAGAGGUGGAAGGAGGAAUCACCGCACUGUCACACGGACACGAACCGGGAAGAUGGAAUGAACCACCCGUUUGCUGGAAAUAGCACUUUUCGUAAUUCAGGGCUUCUUUUUAAGAACAUGGAUUACAGGAAAAUGUCUUUAUAGAUUCACCGCAAUUGUGGAACAAACUCUUUCUUUUGAAUGGACCUUGCAAACAUGAUCUGAGCUGAGGGAUUUUUCCCUCACUAGAUGCAAUGGAAAUAUGAAAUAUGCAUGCUUAAAACUGACCUGACGCCAGCCAAACGAUUACAGACUUCGAAAUGGCAACUCGUGCAGGUUUGGUUCGUGGCGCGCGCACAUCCAUUUGGCCUUUCGCUUGUGUGCUUGUGUGUUUAAGUUGUUUUUCCAUCGCCUCCUCCAACCACCACGGCAGUCGGUUGAUCUGCUGGCAAGCGAUAUUGAACUGCCAGUCGGAGCCAGAGUGUCAUUACGCUUAUGACCAGUAUUUGCACGCCUGUGACUCGAUCCUGAGCGGCCAGAGGAAGAAGUGUCCCAGUCACUGCAUCUCGUCGCUGGUGCAACUCAACCUGACCAAGAGCGGCCCGGCGCUGGAGGACUGCAGCUGCGCCUCGGACCCCCGCUGCCGGGAGAUUAAACGAGCCAUCGAACCGUGCUUACCCAAAACCAGCAGCAUGGGCUGCACCGAAGCCCGGCGCCAGUGCGAGAGGGACAUCCAGUGCCGAAGCGCCAUGGGCGAUUAUUUACUCCACUGCGGGCAACUCUUCAGCGGCUCCAGCUGCUCGAACCCAUGCCGCAAUGUUAUCGCGUACAUGCGCAAACUUCCCAAAGCUCAACUCCUGGAUACUUGCGUCUGUGAUGGUUCAGAGCGGACUAUCUGCGAGUUUAUCAAAACUAUUAUGAAAACGCUUUGCUUUGACUCUCCCCUUGUGGAUGAAGAAGGCUCCAGUGGGAUCGACGACGAUGAGCCCGAUGAUGAGGAUUACCCAGAGCCCACGAGGAACACAGGUUCUGCUUUUGUGGCAUGUUCUGUUUUGACUGUGGUGGCAUCCAUUUUGGCUCAAGUGCAGCUUCCUUGAUCAAUUUGAAGUCGAGUUAAUGAUCUGCUCCAACGGCUUUUCGGGAAUGGUGCAUUUUGUAAUUUUUCUCCUGCUUCCCAGUUCGUUUUAUGGCAUGCUGUUUAAACAUUUAUUCCUUAAAACGAUCUAGUGUUUAUUUUUAUGUAUAGCAAGCAAUCCAGCAGUGACUAUCAUUUUCAACUUUUAUUAGGUGUUCAUUAUGUUCUUUUUUUAGUUACUAGUGUCUAUCCCGUUUCUUUCUAGUAAACCUUCUUAUAUCACUAGUUACAGUUGCUUGUAAUAAGUCAGAGUAGCUACUUUUGUAGCCAUAAAAUUAAAUAAACUUUGAAAUGAAAUAA